AUGCCCCGAAACCCGAGGUCGUCAAGCGCAUUAUCGUCGCAUUUUCAAGCUCCUCCUUAUGAGCCUGGCCAAUCUUCGCUUUCUAGGGCUCGCCGCUUUGCCCCUGCAAGCUCCAACGAUGGUGCCUCUCGACAAUCAACUCCCGCCGUCCCAAUCACCAGAGCAAGCACAGCUACGUCUGGUAGCAUUCAGGUUUCACGACCGUCGAUAACAAUCUCUGGUCGCAAAUCCAGAGCGAGCAAUCGAUCCUCAGCACUUGGUACAGAUGACCAGCAAACUGUGAUCUGCGCCGUUGGCGAGGCCCGUGGCGUUUGUCCGUCUGUUGGCCUUGCUCUUGUGAACAUUUCUCUCGGCGAAGCUGUUUUGAGUCAGAUUUGUGACAACCAGUCAUACGUCAAAACAGUUCAUAAGAUUCAAAUGGCACACCCAUCCAGAAUUAUCUUCAUGUCUUCGUCUUGCCCACCGAAUAAAGACAGUGUCCUGUUCAGCUUGGUUGAUGAGCUGAUACCAGAGGCAGACAUCGAGCUAUUAGACAGAGCCGCAUGGUCAGAGUCAGAUGGUCUCGAAUACAUACAGAACCUAGCAUUUGAGAGCGACAUUGAUCCGAUAAAAGUGGCAAUCCAGGGAAAAUACUAUUGCAUUAGUUCACUUGCGGCGCAUACUUUUACCAUCAACUUUGCUCCCCAUUCGCUGCGCAUCAAGUAUCGACCAUCUGAAGACACAAUGAUGAUUGACAUUUCCACACUGCAAUCUUUGGAAAUUGUUCAGAACCUUGAGAAGCGUAAAUCCAAGGCCAGUCUUUUCGGAUUAUUGAACCAAACCAAGACGCCAAUGGGUUCCCGCAUGCUACGAAAUAAUAUUAUUCAACCUCCCACGAAGUAUGAUACGUUUAUUGGGCCACGGCUCGAGGCUCUGGAGGAGCUCACUGGGGCCGAGGAAAUGUUCCAUGCAACGCGAAAGGCAUUGGAAAACUUCAAAGACAUUGAGAGAAUGAUCACGAUUUCCAACAAGUGCACCAUCAUCCACGUCGAAGAGCAGAUUAAUCACGUCAUCUUGAUCAAAACGUUCCUCGAAUCAAUCAAAGAGCUGUAUCAGGCAUUAAUAGGGUGCAAAAGCGCGUUGUUGCUCAAGAUUCGGGACAUUUGUGAUCCAGACAUGACGGAUCCCAUCCUAACAGACAUUUGCAAGGUCAUAGAGGAUGAUGUUACUUUCAUGAAGUCACCGCUGGAUAUGCGCAAUCAGAGGACCUACGCUGUCAGAGCAGGGAUCAAUGACAUGUUGGAUGUUUCUCGACAAACUUAUAAAGAGCUUACUGAAGAGGUGCAUCUCCACGUCAGUGAUGUUGAAGCCCAAUACAAGAUCCGACCGACACUCAAGUAUGAAAAUGGGCGCAAAUAUUGGUUUCACAUCAAGCUGGGUGAUCUCCCAGCUACUACCUUGCCGCGAGCCUUCAUCAAUGUCGUACAGAAGAAGGAUCACAUUCAGUGCCAGACCCUGCCACUUGUCAAGCUAAAUUUUAGGCUGUCGGAAACUUCGAAUGAAGUUGUCAUGCGAAGUGACAAAAUAAUUCAAGAGCUACUCGUGGAAGUAAGGAGAUCGGCGCCUCAGCUGUUUAGAGUGUGCGAAUCAGUUGCUCUUGUCGACAUGAUGACGUCCUUUGCACACCUUGCCACAAUAAGAGACUACGUGAGGCCAGAGUUUCUGGGUACACUAGCGUUAAAGGCAGGGCGACACCCAAUCCUUGACAAUAUAAUGUUCGAGGACUUUGUUCCAAACGACUAUUAUGCAACACCGCAGCAUACUUUCCACAUUGUGACAGGCUGUAAUAUGGCGGGGAAAAGUACAUACAUAAGAGCAGUCGCCCUAUUGCAGAUAAUGGCUCAAAUUGGAUGCUUCGUCCCUGCCGAGUAUGCGUCUUUCCCAGUGGUACACAGUUUAUUUGCACGGGUAUCGCUGGCCGACAACCUCCAAGCUAACCUUUCAACCUUCUCCCUCGAGAUGCGUGAGAUGGCUUUCAUACUACGAAAUGCGGAUGAUAAAAGUCUGGUAAUCAUCGAUGAGCUGGGCCGAGGGACGAGCCCCAGGGACGGAUUAUCUCUCGCAAUUGCAAUGUCGGAAGCCCUCAUACAGUCAAAAUGUCUCGUAUGGUUUGCGACUCAUUUUACUGAUCUUAUUGAUGUUUUGAACGACCGCCCGGGAGUGUUAAGUUUACAUUUAGCGUCUGAGCGCUCAACUUCGGAAGAUGGCGAGCCACGACUGGCGAUGCUUUACAAAGCCAAGGCUGGCGCAGUUGACCCAAGCCAACAUUAUGGAAUCGAUCUAGCUCGAUCAAUGGGGUUUCCUGAAAACUUUACUAAACGAGCUGAGGAGGUUGCCAUCGAGCUAAGACGGCAAAGAGAGGCCAAUUGGCAAGAUUCCGAGUCUCGGCGGCUCAUGGCCCGUCGCAAGCUUGUUCUCAAUUUAUACGAGGCUUUGCAGCAAGCCAACGAACACGGGAGUGAUGAAGCCCUGCCAGGGUACCUGAGACGAUUGCAAGAGGAAUUUAUUACGCAAAUGGAUGCUUUGGAGAUUUCAUGA